AUGGACGCAGACGCGGAUGUGAUCUCCAUCGUCUUGGCCGGCGACACCCGGUGCGGCAAGACGACAUUCAUCUCGCGGGUAAGCUCCAAAGACAAGACUGGCGACUUCACGAUCCUCCGCGACCUGGACCAGCCCUUCAUAUUCAAUCUGAACCAGGUUAACCGGCGGUUCCGGCUCGAGUUCCGAGACACCUCCGGCCCGGAUAGCUGGCAAACGCAGGACCCUGACCUCGUCAUCUUGUGCUACGAUAUCAGCCAGCGGUUGAGUCUCAUCAACAUGAAGCGAUUUUGGAUCAACGACGUGAAAAAGGCCUUUAACAACAGAGACACGCUCCCGGUUCUCAUCCUUGGCCUCAAGAGAGAUCUGCGAUCAGAGGACGAUCCCAAUGGCAUCAUCUACCCGCAAGAGGGCUACCAGACCGCGACCGAGUUGCGGGCAGACAAGUACAUGGAAUGCUCAGCUGCAACAGGUGAGCUGGUAGAUCUUGCGUUCGAGGAGAUUUGCAAGACGGCCCUGAGCACCAAGUCGGCGGAUGGUGGGCAGAGCGAGGGGGAUGUGUCGUCAUAUAAGGACCCGUUUUGUGGAGAGCUGGGCCAUCCAUCACAUCAUGGCACAGGGCUCUAG